AUUAAAUCCACGAUUACAUAAAACCAGAGGCUCGGAAUAAAAUCAAGCUCAGCGGGACAGGACAUGGACGACCCUCAAGAAAAUGAAAAUCCCCAAGAAUUACAGCGCCCCGGAGACGAAGUCGAAGUUGAAUCGGAAUGGAGAAAACAAGCUUGGACCCAAUUGGAAAAGCUCCGGCAAAAAUCCCCAUUAGUCCAAUGCAUUACUAACUUUGUGUCGAUGGACUUAAUGGCCAACGUGCUCUUAUCUGCCGGAGCUUCGCCGGCGAUGGUUUACUCAGUUGAUGAAAUCCCAGAAUUCACUCCCAAAGUCGACGCUCUAUGCGUUAACUUGGGGACAUUGACUCCUGAUUGGUUACCGUCGAUGAAGCUGGCGGCAGAGACUGCAAAUAAGGAAGGGAAGCCGUGGGUUCUUGACCCUGUGGCAGCCGGUUGUUCCAGUUUCCGGUUGAAGGCUUGCAUUGAGUUGCUUGGGAUGAAACCUACUGUUGUUAGGGGAAAUGGGUCGGAGAUUUUGGCUUUGUUCAAGGGCUCUGUGGACCACACUUCAAAGGGUGCCGACAGCAGACAUGAUUCUGCAGAUGCAGUGGAAGCAGCAAAAGCCGUGGCUCUAUUAACUGGAGGUGUAGUUGCUGUUUCUGGAGCUGUUGAUUACAUAACAGAUGGACAACGAGUUGUUGGUGUGCACAACGGAGUUCCAAUGUUGCAAAAGAUUACUGCAACUGGAUGUUCUGUGACUGCCCUUAUUGCAGCCUUCAUUGCGAUUGACCCAGUACAUGUUUUUGAAGCAACAGCCUCUGCGUUAUCUUUGUUUGGUGUUGCCAGUGAACUAGGAAUGAAAGUGGCCAAAGGUCCAGGUUCAUUGCGGAUGCAUUUAAUAGAUUUACUCCAUGGACUUGAUCAAGGUACUGUUCUCGACAAAGUCAGAAUCACUGAAUUGUAAUCAUGUGAAUUUUAGGAUGGUGUAUAUGAAAUCAUGAUUCCUACACUGUUUUGAGGUCAAUGAUGCAUGGCUUGUCGUAUAAAUUGUUUUGAUAUGUUCACCUCACAAUACUCUUGUUGAAACAAUCUUAUGGAGCUGGAUUGAGAAAAGCAACAAGCAUCCAGGAUAAUCAUCAAGCAUUACAGCUGAAUACUGAAAGAUGUUACCAUGAAUUCAAGAAUACAUACAGGUGGAAACUUAAAACGGCUUUUGUUUUUGAAUCAAUGACACAUUUAUAAGCUGAAAUGCAUGACAAAGUUUUCACACAAACACACCCACAAAUUCCUUUCAUUUAGACAGUCUCAGUAGUCAAGAUGAAUCGUGAUCCUCAGCAAUGUCUCUGCGCCAUCUAGAACAUGCUGGCCACUUGGAAUGAGUGACCGGAGUUCUGCAAACCCACAAGCAUUCUUAAACUUGCCGGUGCCUCCAGUAAUGGAGAGGCGUGACAUGGUGCUUCCAAUCCUGUAGACUCCAAAAAAGUUCAAGCUAUCACCAUAUUCUCCUCCUUCCAUCAUAGCAGUGAAAACCAUCAUCUGUGUGCUACCAUCAGCAGAGCUUGCUACAUACACUCCCUGAGCUCUUCCCAAUGGCUGGGUUCCCAACUCAGGUGAAGAAGUCAAGACAUCAUCUAUCACAGUAAUAGUUCCAAACCCGAGUCCCAAACCAUCAGGUCCUAGUAACUGAGCAGCAGGAUUAUUACCAUUGGCAGCAUUGUUCUGGUUCCCGGCAAAAGCUGUACCAGCUAAUCCAGUCCCCAAGGGAAUGCCAUUGAUAUUAACCGUUGGGAUAGCACCAUUGGCGUUGGGAAUGGGAACGCCGUUCUUUGGAGGAUUAAAACCAAGUGGCCUAGCAAAGGGUACUUGGCCGCUGUAUAUGUUACCAAGCAAACCAGUUAUAGGCCUAGCAGUGGGAUUGUUUCCUCCAAGAAUAUCAUGCAUGAAAAGCUCAAUAACUUGAGCUCCACCUGCUGCUGGUGCAGGAUUAUCUGCCAUCACUGUUGUUUCGACAAAAAUAGCUGCAAAAAGAACAACUGCACAAAGGAAGAAAGAUGGGAAGGAUUUCUUAGACAUCCUGAAGAGAGUUUUUGAUUCCAAGAUUUGUUGUGUAAGAUGUGUUAAAUGAUUGAAAGAAGCAAAAGAUGUUUUUGUCUAACUCGAUUGUGCAGAAGAUGUAUAAGAGCUUCUGUUUAUAUACUAAUGGUCAGGGAUUAUUGGAGAAUCUAAUGGAGUUGUUAAGUGACAGUAUAAAAGAGAAUGAAGUGGUUUAAUUGGGAUCAUUUGGGGAAAAAAAGGAAACAAUAGUGAAGUUGUUGAUUCUUACUUAGAAAAAUGGAAUGUGGUGAAGUUGUUGGAACUUUGAAGCUGGUGGAAUGAUCAAAUACUUCCAGUUCCACCUUCUGUUGUCAAAUACUAAUGCUGAAUAAACUAUUACUAACUGAAAACUAAUAGUUUCAUUUCAACACAAUUUAUUAUUUCGGACACUUUUAGCAUAAAACAUACUCUUUCUGUC